AUGGAGAUGGUGGUGCGGUGGCGGCCGGUGGUUGCCAGAUAUGUGAAAACUGGAUCCCAAUUUUCAAUCGGUGUGGUUAAAGGGCGGUGGUGGCGCUUAGUGAUAGGAGGUGGACCGUGGAGAGGAGAGCGAAAGAAGGGGAGAGAGAAGAAGAGGGGAAUAUGUGUUAUCAAACUCUGUGCGAGUUGCUUUAUGGAGAACAAGAAGAAGAAAACUUUGGGGCGCAGAAAGAUCGAAAUCAAGAAAAUAGAGAAGAGAAACGAUCUAAUGGUUUCUUUCUCCAAGCGCAGGGGCGGACUCUUCAAUAAGGCUGCUCAGCUAAGUGCAUUGUGCGGUGCCAAUGUUGCAGUCGUCGUCAAGUCCCCCAACGCCGGGAGGAUUCAUUCCUUCGGAAGCCCAUCCGUGGACGCCGUCCUCAACCGCUUUCUCUACCAAAACCCUAGUGAUCAUCAUGAUCAGGAAGUCAUGGACAAAGGCAAAGGCAAGAAAGAUGAAGAAGAAAAAGUAAAGGAAGAUAGGGAUAGGGUUUGGUGGGACGCAGGGAUUGAUGAAUUAGGGUUGAAUGAGCUUGAGGAGUACAUGACUGCACUCGAAGGUUUGAGGGAGAACGUGGUGGCUCGGGCGAAUGAGAUGACCAUGGCGAGUGCUUGUUCCUCCAAUGAGAUGCCCAUGACGGCUGCUUAUUCUUAUAUUGAUCCUUUUAGCGAUGGUCUAGAAUUUGACUUUACUGAGUCUGAUCUUGAUUUUCUUAAUCAGAUCAUUAAUAAUUAG